AUGUACAUUCUCCUGGUAUUAAAACCAGGGUUGGCGGGCAGCCCCCACCAGGUCUAUAAUAUCACCUGGAGUAUAAGCAAUCUCCUCACGGGAAAAAUCGUCAACCAGACAUCUGGCAUGUCCACUCUGGGAGAAUUUUACCCCGAAAUCUGGUUUGACGCCUGUGACCUAACAGUAGACCAUGACACAUGCCUAACUACAGACACCCGCACCUUGGGCUACUAUGCAUGUCCCAGAGCAGGGAGAACCCCCUCAGAGAUAAGGCGAUGUGGAGGGGCGGAUGUGGGGUUCUGCGGGGCAUGGGGAUGUGAGACUACAGGUACCACUUUUUGGAACCCAACUUCCUCCUGGGACUUAAUCAUUCUAAGAAAAACCCCCGGUUUUAAGGUAACUGAAAUCAAUGGAAAACUUGGAGGCACAUGCAUAAACGGGACCCAGGGGAGAUGCCACCCCCUGAUCCUCACAUUCACUGCCAAGGCAAGAAAAGAAGCAUGGGAUAGUCCGAAACCAUGGGGGAUGCGCCUCUACCGACCAGUCGCAAGAGACCCCAUAUCCAUUUUCACAAUAUCCAGAAGCUUCUCCACGGGGAACCACCCGGUAGCUGUGGGCCCUAACCCCGUCCUUAAGGAGCAGAAACCACUGUUCCUUUCAGACAGGACCUCAGUCCUUCUUCACUCCCCCUUGAACAACCCCACUGUUUCUCCCAGGACUGACCGCUCUGGGAUGCAGUUGGCGACAGGGAGUCGUCUCCUAAGCUUAAUUCAAGGGGCCCACCUGACCCUGAACCUUACUGCCCCUAACUGGACCCGCAGCUGCUGGCUAUGCCUGGUCUCUAACCCACCCUACUAUGAAGGGGUUGCAGUCCUAGGAAACUUCACUAAUCAUACUUCACCUCCUCAUGGUUGCUCCCAGGCCCCACAGCACAAGCUGACCCUGUCUGAAGUGUCGGGGACAGGGACAUGUGUAGGCACUGUGCCCACAACCCACCAGGCUUUAUGUAACACCACCCAGCAGAUGGUUGGAGGAUCAUACUAUUUGGCCUCACCAAACGGCACCUAUUGGGCAUGUAGCUCGGGGCUGACUCAAUGCAUCUCAGUAGCUAUUCUUAAUGUGACCUAUGAUUACUGUGUUAUGGUCGAAUUAUGGCCUAAAAUUAUCUAUCAUGCUCCUGAAUAUGUACUUAACUACUAUAAAGAUAGAGACAGGCUCCCCAGAGAACCUAUAUCCCUAACCCUCACCCUGCUGAUGGAAGGCUUAACUGUGUGUGCCCUAGAGGAAUCUAUAAGUGCCCUAGAAAAAUCCCUUACAUCUCUAUCUGAGGUUGUUUUACAAAACAGGAGAGGGUUAGACAUCCUCUUCCUACAAGAAGGCGGAUUAUGUGCCGCCCUCAAAGAAGAAUGCUGCUUCUAUGCAGAUCAUACUGGAUUUGAAACUGUGUUCUCAGUGAUUACUCUGACAAUUGAUAAUAAUAAAUGCCAUGUGAAAGUUGCCGUGAAGGCAAUGGGAGGCUUGGCAUUCAGUAGAACUCCAAGGUUUGAGGAGUAG